UUACUGCAGUAGCAAUUACAAAAACCCACCCUGAGUUUUUCAAAAACGCCUUUCUAUAUGUGAUCAGCGUAGGAUCAGUGAAUUAAGAGGUACAGUAAAGUAUUGAAUGAAAUGCUGCAAAAGCAGUCUGGGCAAGGCAUAGGUUGCAGUUUUAUUUUUUAAUGUGCGAUAAGAGCCUAUUCCGGAAACAAAUAGUCAUUCGACUUGCAGGUCUCAAGAUAACAGUUGCACUUCCUUUGAAUUGUUUUGCUCAAAUACUUGCACGAACAACCAACACAUCGAAAGGCAAGAUGAAUUUGGAGGAAUACUUGGAAAGAAUUGGUUUCCAUAGCUCUUUUGAUAAGCUGGAUCUUGCAACACUGAAGCUGAUUCACAAACUGCACGUCAUGUCAAUUCCUUUUGAGAACCUCAGCAUUCACUGUGGUGAGAGGAUCACCAUGGACCUUGAGGUCAUUUUCAACAAGAUAGUGAGGAGCAGCCGUGGAGGUUGGUGCUUUGAGAACAACUUCCUAUUUGGCUGGGUACUGAAAGAAAUGGGCUACGACACAAAAAAGCUGAGCUCCAAAAUUUUCAAAAAUAACAACAAUGAUUUUUUACCCACUGAAACUCAUCUAAUCAACAAGAUCAUCAUUGAUGGAAAGGCUUAUAUAGCAGAUGUAAGCUUUGGGGUGUCUUCUCAAGUGUGGGAGCCCCUGGAGCUUGUCUCUGCAAAGGACCAACCUCAGGCAGCAGGUGUCUUUCGCCUCAUAGACAAGGGGGACAUCUGGGUGCUGGAGAAAACUGGUAGAAAGCCAGAGAUUCUCAAUCCAGACUUUGCAAAAUCAAGCCUGGUGGACUGGAAGGUAACAAAGCAGAUCUAUGGCUUCACCUUGGUGCCUCGUGAGGUUGAUCAUUUCUUGGAGACAAACCACACACUCCAGACAGAUCCUGCUUCACUGUUCAUCAGGAAGUCCAUCUGAUCUUUGCAGACACCAACAGGAUUCAGAGCCCUUCUUGGCUGGACCUACAGUGAGGUCACCUACAAACCUGAGGAAGGUGUUGAUGUCUUUGACAUGAGGAACAUAAGAGAUGAUGAGAUAGAGCAAAUUCUGAGGGAAAAAUUCAAUGUAAAGCUGCAGAACAAGCUGCAGCCUGUUAACCAUAAAGCAUGGUACACGCUCUGAAAUCUUGCACAUAUUCUUUUUAUAAUUGUCCUGUAAAGAUCUCACAACCUGUGCUGAUUUCAUGACUAACCAGAGAGAGCAGCUUGAUUAAAACAAUGAUAACAAUGUUUUGAAUUACAUUGUUCCUGCAAUGAAAAUCAUGCAAUUGUUGGGACUGAGAAAAGUAACAAUGGACAACAUGUUUUGAAUUUAUGUUUUUUGUAUAUGUCUAAGAGUUAAGUAUCUUGAGUAACUGCAAGGAGCAGACAUGCUGUUCUUAAGUAAAUGAUUACUGACAAAAGAAAAUCAUUCAAUCCAAGAAAAUCAACAUUGAAACACUGUUGUUUGCCAUUAUUAUAUGCAUUUAUUACUUCGUUAUUUCAGUGUCAUCUGCUAAACUUCCAAUAAUGUGUUAUGAAGUUAUAGGCUGUGAUAAUGUAACCUGUUAUUCCAGUGUUCCAGACUUAGUCUCAUCUAUGUAUGUCUAGAUGUCAACAAAACUUGGUGCACAAACAGUUCCUUGGUUGGUGCCCAUUGCUCCGAGGCUGUUGAACACCUGACUAUUAAAUGCCAUCCACAUUACCUGCUACAUGAGUUUACAGCUCUGUUUGUAGUCGCUGUUUACAUCUUCCCAAGUGCUAAUGCUAAUGUUGGGAGGAUCAUCACAAUCGCAUUGGCUCACUUGAAAACAAGCACCCAGACACUCUCCAUGUGAUUGCAGGUGACAUUAACCAUGUUCAUCUGCAGGAUACACUUCCAAAGUUCAAGCAGCACAUCACCAUUGCCACUUGAGGAGAGAACAUACUUGAUAGAGUUUACACAAACAGACGGGGGGACAUAUACAGAGCCACCCUCUGCUCAUCUCCGAUCACAUCUCCAUCAUGCUGUUCCCUGCUUACUACAUGGACCUGGACUGCAAUAUGCGUCAUCUGUCACUGGCUACAUUAGCAAGUAUGUUGAUCAUGUUACCACCACCAGAACUAUCACCAUCUAUCAUAACCAGAUACCCUGGCUUAAUGCCCUCAACUCCUGUGAUCCUUACUUUGAGGUAUCUAACACCAUCCCCUCCUCGAGGCUCAACCUACCACCAGUUGAGCUGCCCCUCAGCGUGACAGCAGCAGAUGUGAGAUAGUCCCUGCAGAACGUCAACCCCCGCAAAACUGCAGGCCCGGAGAAGAUCCCAUGCAGGGGGAUCAAGGACUGUGCACACCAGUUCUCAGAGGUACUGAAGGACAUAUGUAACACCUCACUGUCCCAGGCACUGUUCCAAUAUACCUUAAGACUACCACCAACAUCUUGCUCCCUAAAUGUCCCGCAGUGUCAUACCUUAAUGAUCACCACCCAGCUGCACUCACCCCAAUAAUCAUGACAUGCUUUAAGGGGCUGGUAAUGACACGCAUUAAAAAGACAGUUGAUGUGACAGUAGACCCCCACCAAUACGCUUACAGGAAGAACUGCACCAUUGCUGACGCCAUCUAAUGUGUGGUUCAUCAGGCUGUCAGAAUCCACAGCAUCGCAUCCUACAGUAUCAUCCUCAACACUGUUUCCCCACAAGGAUGCAUCCUGAGCCCUCUACUGUACUCACUGCUUACCUAAGGCUGCACUGCUCUUUAUUAAAGCAACCUCAUUGGGAAGUUUGCUGACGACACAGCAGUGGUGGGACUCAUCUCAAACACCAAUGGCUCAGUGCAUACGCAGGAAGUGGAUGAACUGGUAACAGGGUGUAAAGCUGACAACUUUAUCAUCAAUAUUUGUUAAACCAAAGAGAUGAUUGUGGACUUCUGCAAGGCUGGUGUAACUCUUGUAUGCUUCACUCCUCAGUAGAUGCUUUUUAUAAAGUUUGGGGCCCUUACUAAGCAUACAUUGGGCCUAAGCUGUCGUCUUCUGUAUUUCAGGGGUUUCCUAAAUCAGCUUAGCUGGUCUAUACGUUUCCUCUAACCUUACUAUUUGUCUUUAUAACCUAUUUAUUUGUUUGAUGCUCCCGCUAUGUUGUUAUAGGGGUGGUGAGGGUUGGAAUAAAUAUGAUGCCUCCUGUUUUUUUUUUUUUUUUUUUAAGCUACUUAUGUUAUUUGUCAUGUCAAGUCUGAGCGGUUAUGUCCUGUGUUUUAUAUGAAAAAUGAAAUAAACAUAUUCUUGAAAUUAA